AUUGUAAAACUUCCUAAAAUUCCUGAUACCCCUAAAGACUUUAAUGAUAUAGUUAACUAUAUACGCCAUGGCACCUAUUCAGAAAAAUAUAAUAACCCAACAAAAAAAUCAAAUUUUCAACGCCGUUGUAAAAAUUUUGUUUAUGAUAAUCAAAGUGGAUACCUUUUUUUUGAUCAACUGUUAAAGGAUGAGAAUUCAGUACCAGUAAAAAAAAGAGUUGUUUCAACCUAUAAUACAGUGCUAAGAGAAAUACUUUUUAAAGCACAUCAAAAAUCACCUUAUGAAGCAUUUUUUGAAUUUAAAAUGCGUGGAGUUUAUAAUACACCUGUGGAAACAAUAGCUAUUCAAGAUAUUAACAACAACCAAGCUAUCUAUGUGGUCCAUGUGAUGCAAGUUAAAUGUGUUCAUAAAAAAAUUGAGCAAAAUGCAGCAAAUUAUACAAAUAAAAUAGUGAUUCAAGAUAAGAUUACAAUUGCUUAUGACCAUGAUAAUAACCAAAAAACACGUAAACGAAAAUUAGAGCAAACUAGCAAUGCUACUGGAAAGUAA